GUGGUACGGCUUUGUGUGACUGAGAGUACGCAGAGAAGCAGAGAUACUCAGUGUAUGAGGCGGAUCUCCCUUUCGUGGAUAUCGGUUGUGAGACUUACAUGUAGCCUGUCGGAUGUGUUGGUUCGGCCGCAAACAGCACUCAUGGCGGUGAAAUGUUUACGUAGAGCGAAACGCAAACUCCUUCGUCUAUGUGAUUGCACUAGACUAAAUCCCUCAACAACUACUGAUUGGUGCAAUUCGAGCUACUCGCUAUCCCAACAUCUCUCCAGCUUUCACUAUCAGCUUUUUUCUAGGGAUACAACCGAACUUCGGAUCUUGAAACUGAUCUCGCCUAAAAGCAUUGUCUCGCGCAUAUCCGAC